AUGGUGUCUAAUAAUUACGGCUACAAAUCUACCAAGCAAAACUACACAGCAGGCAUUCGGGACCGUUCCCGCAGCCCUGGAUCCUCCAAAUACACAGCAGGCAUCGAAACAAGACAUCAAGACGAACGCAACAGUUCCUACACUGCCGGUGUGAGGCCUACUCCAGCUCCAGCGCAUGCAAAAGGCUACACCGCAGGCAUUGGUGGAGGUGUUGCUCCACGAAUAACCUCUGUCCACAGCUUCCUUUCCCCUCGGACCAGUCACUCGACAUCGUUAUCUGAGAAGUGGUUCCCUAGAACAUGA